AUGGUUUGCCGCCUCAAGCGCACCUUGUACGGGUUGCGCCAGGCGCCGCGUGCGUGGCACACGCGUCUGAAGGAGGAGCUCGGGAACUUCGAGUUCGUGGCGUCCUUUGCGGACGCGGCGCUUUUCUCGGGAGUGGUGAACAGGGAGCGGGUUUACCUCAUCGUGUGGGUGGACGACAUCCUCAUUGCGGCCCGAAGAGCGGAGCGGAUCGCGAAGGUGAAGGCGCACUUGGCGGAGAAGUUCGACGUGCGGGACUUGGGGGAGGCGACGUACUUCCUCGGAAUGGAGCUGUCGCGCGACCGAGAGGCGCGCACCCUGAAGCUGACGCAGAAGAAGCUGACGGGGGAGCUACUCGCACGACACGGGCCGUGGGGGCACUGGCGCGCUACACAAGCGUGCCGACGGAGGCACACUGGGCGGCGGCGCUUCGGGGUGGUGCGCUACUUGGCCGGAACGGGGGAGGCCGGGAUAACCUUUGGGGGGAGCGACGAGGUUCUUGAGGGGUUUUGCGACGCGGAUUUUGCGGGGGACGCGGAUACAAGGCGGUCCACGACCGGAUACGUCUUCCUGAUGUUUGGGGGGGCGGUGAGUUGGUCGAGCCGUUUGCAGCCAACGGUGGCGGCGUCGACGGUGGAGGCAGAGUACUUGAGUGCGGCACAGGCGGUGAAGGAGGCGCUGUGGUUUCGCAAGUUGGGGGGAGACUUGGGGCUGGACCUAGGGACGGUUCAGAUCUACUGCGACAACCAAGGGGCAAUACGGCUCCUGAAGCAUAUCGGAUGCUUCAGGAUCGCUUCCCAGCGGUCGAAGCACAUUGAUGUGAUUCAUCACUUUGCGCGUGAGAGGGUGGCGCGGAAGGAGGUCGGAUUCGCGUACUGCCGGACGGAGGACAUGAAGGCGGACAUUCUGACCAAGGCGCUGGCACCGGGGAAGUUCUUGAAGUGUAAGAGUGAGAUAGGGGUUGCGUAG